CGGCGGAGUGGCCGCCUCCUGCACGUCCCCACUUGGCCCCCCUCUGGCUCGCACGCAGGGCAGGAGGAAAUCCAUUCGGAUCUCAUUCGGGCCCCGGGGAAGUGAAAGCAGUCCUGGACUCAGGAUGGCCGGUUCUACCCGAUUGUAGAACGGAGAGGUCCUCGUGUCGGGAGCCCCCUCUCCUCGGCAAGCCAGGGUGGUUGUCACUGCUGGUCUGGGCGUCAGGCUUGCUACAUGUUGGGCAUGAGGCUCUAGCCUUCCCCGAGUCUUGGGGAGCUCGGUCCCCAGGGAGGAGGCCGUAGAGCAUAGUGGCUGAGAGCACGGACUUAGGACCAGAAUAACUGCGUGUGAAUCCGGGUUUGCCACUACCUGGAUGUGUGACCUACUGCAAGUUACUUAACCUCUUUGUGCCUCAGUUUCCUGGUCUGUCAAAGGGAAUAAUAUAGAAGCUAACUCAGAGGACUGUUGGAUUGAGUGAGCACAAACGUGUUAACCACCUACGACAGGGCUUGGCACAUGGACAAGACUUAAACCUAUCUGGGAUAGAGAAUAUUUAACCAUUUAGCUAAAAAUGGUAUUUUUUACAUGCAAUGCAUGUGGUGAAUCAGUGAAGAAAGUACAAGUUGAGAAGCACGUGGCUAUUUGCAGAAACUGCGAAUGCCUUUCUUGCAUUGACUGCGGUAAAGAUUUCUGGGGUGACGACUAUAAAAAUCAUGUGAAAUGCAUAAGUGAGGAUCAGAAGUAUGGUGGCAAAGGUUAUGAAGGUAAAACCCACAAAGGCGAUAUUAAACAGCAGGCAUGGAUUCAGAAAAUUAACGAAUUAAUAAAAAGACCCAAUGUCAGCCCCAAAGUGAGGGAACUUUUAGAGCAAAUUAGUGCUUUUGACAAUGUUCCCAGGAAAAAGGCGAAAUUUCAGAAUUGGAUGAAGAACAGUUUAAAAGUUCAUAAUGAGUCUGUUCUGGAGCAGGUGUGGAAUAUCUUCUCGGAAGCUUCCAGCACUGAACCUGUCAGUAAGGAGCGAGAUCAACAGCCACUCAACCCAGUGGCGGAUCCACAUGCAGAAAUCUCCGCCAAGGUUCCAUGUUCCAAAGCAAAUGAUACCACGGAAGAACAAGCAAAGGUGAAGAAGAAUAAAAGAGAAAGGAAGGAAGAACGGCAGAAGAAAAGAAAAAAAGAAAAGAAAGAACUAAGAUUAGAAAACCACCAAGAGAAUUCAAAGAGUCAGAAGCCCAAAAAGCGCAAAAUGGGGCGGGAGGCCGAGCAGGAAGCUGGAGGGGAGGACAGCCCCAAGGCCAGCGGCUCCGCAGGGAAGCCUAGCCAGAGGAAGAGGAGCAAGGGCUUGUGCGCCGAGGACGGGGCAGUGGCUGGAGGCGUGGACGAGGAGGAGGCAAAAACCGGUCCAGGAAAGAGAAAGCGGAAGCAUUCGGAGAUUGAAGCAGAGUCCAAGAAGAAAAAGAUAAAGUUCCCAGGACAUUCUGAGGGUGAAGAACCAGAAAACCAUGAGGCUUCUGCAAAAGGUAAAUUCAACUGGAAGGGAACUAUUAAAGCAGUCCUGAAACAGGCCCCAGAUAACGAAAUAGCAAUCAAAAAGCUACGGAAAAAGGUUUUAGCUCAGUAUUAUGCUGUGACAAAUGAACAUCACAAAUCUGAAGAGGAGCUUCUGGUCAUCUUUAACAAGAAAAUCAGCAAGAACCCCACCUUUAAGUUAUUAAAGGACAAAGUCAAGCUUUUGAAAUGAACAUUUUUAUAUUUAAACAUUGAAUCCAUUCUCUUGAUUUCUUCCUUUCACUGCUGUUUGUAAAACAUGUAAUGAAUUAUAACAACUCAUUUUCCUUUCCAAAGUUGUAUUUUUAAGUUA